CUAACUGUCUGGUUCCAUUCAAAUUGACCAACCCUGUCUGGGUAUUUGGUUUCGGAGGGAAUUUACAGGGCAUUCUGAUCGUGGGUGUAUGAAGUGACGCAGUCCCCUAUUUACAUAGAAAUCGGUAUAAAUCUCAGGUGACUUCAACAAAAAGUCAAACUUUCGAUUUACCAUAAUCGAGAAGGCAACAUGCCUGAUCCAGCUAAGCCUGCCCCAAAGAAGGGCUCCAAGAAAGCCGUGACAAAGACCGCCGGCAAGGGUGGCAAGAAACGCAGAAAGACCAGGAAGGAGAGCUACGCCAUCUACGUGUACAAAGUCCUGAAGCAAGUCCACCCUGAUACCGGUAUCUCUUCCAAGGCGAUGGGUAUCAUGAACUCCUUCGUGAACGACAUUUUCGAACGCAUCGCUGGAGAGGCCUCUCGCUUGGCUCACUACAACAAGCGUUCCACCAUCUCUUCCAGGGAGAUCCAGACUGCAGUACGUCUGCUUCUGCCCGGUGAGCUGGCCAAGCACGCUGUGUCCGAGGGUACUAAGGCCGUCACCAAAUACACCAGCUCCAAAUAAAGCCAAAUUGUAAACGCGCUUCAAUCCAACGGCUCUUUUAAGAGCCACCCACAUUCUCUUUGAGAAGUAAUUCCAAUUUAG